CAUCAGCCUCGCUUUCAAUCCAAGAUGGCGGGAGCGCUGAAGGCUUUGACGAACAGACUGCAAGCGAUUUCGCUUCAGAUUACCAGAUCAGCUGUACUAUUUAAAACUAAUAGGGGACUAACUAGUUCUUCAAAUGGCUAUCUACGUUCUGUAACAAAAGGAUAUGGUGUUAUGAGCCUCAAAUCUUUCUCUACAAGUGCAAGGCAAGAGAAAUACUAUGUCAAACCAAAUUAUCUCAAGAAAUGGGGCAGAAGGGACAUCAAGAGACGGGAGAUGUUCAAGGAUUUUGAACAGCAGCGGGCCGCACUCAGGAUGAUCAAGAAGAGCGACAUCCUACCCUCUGGUGUGCGUAAAAAUGCUGCAAAUGAAAUGAAGGAACUCCCCCUGAACAGUUCCUUGACCCGUAUACGUAACAGAUGUGUUAUGACGGACAGGGGGAGGGGCAUAGUUGGGCGAUUCCGUGUGUCUCGGAUGAUGUUUAGGUAUUUUGCAGAGAGAGGGCAGAUAGCAGGUGUCAAGAAAGCUCAGUGGUGAGCACUAGCAAUAGCAUCGUGGAACAAGGGUGAAAAAACUCCACCUGACAAGACAAGUAUUUUUUUUCCUGAUAUAGUGUGAUGUGAACAAGCAGUGACGACCAAAAGAAGAUUGACAAUAAUGUAAGAAUCAGUAUUGAUUGGCACAAACUUAAUAACUAGAAGGUUUCCGUCUUGUUCUGAUGCGUAUUGAAGCAUUUCUUUGCCAUACUGAUUGGCUGGAAA